GUCAUCAGCGCGCGCGGGCGGCCGAGCCGGGUGUUUCCGCCCGCCGCUGAGGGAGCCGGAGCGGAGCCGAGCGGGGCGGAGGCUUCGGCCGGGCUCGGGUGGUUCCGGCGGGGCUCGGGAGGUUCCGGCGGGGUUCGGGAGGUUCCGUCAGCAGCAGCAGCGCGCGGGGAGCCGGCCCGGGCGCGGCCGCCAUGUCGGAGAGCGCCGAGAGCCCCUCGGGGCGCCGCAGCCCCUCGGGCUCCCCGGGGCAGGGGCAGGGCCCCGGGCAGGGCCCCGGCGAGCCACGGAUCAUCAAGGUGACGGUGAAGACCCCCAAGGAGAAGGAGGAGUUCGCCGUGGCCGAGACCAGCAGCGUGGGGCAGUUUAAGGAAGAAAUCUCUAAGCGUUUCAAGUCCCACACCGAUCAGCUUGUAUUGAUAUUCGCUGGAAAAAUUUUAAAAGAUCAAGAUACUUUGACUCAGCAUGGGAUUCAUGAUGGACUUACCGUUCACCUGGUUAUCAAAACACAAAACAGAUCACAAGACCACACAGCUCAACAAACAAAUACCGCUGGCAGUACUGCUACCACAUCAACAUCAAGCAGUAGUACCUCAACAACAGCUUCAACAAACAGUAACCCUUUUGGCUUAGGUGGCCUUGGAGGUUUGGCAGGUCUGAGUACCCUGGGUUUAAAUACAUCAAACUUUUCAGAGUUGCAAAGUCAGAUGCAGCGGCAACUUAUGUCCAACCCAGAAAUGAUGGUUCAGAUAAUGGAAAACCCAUUCGUUCAGAGCAUGCUUUCAAAUCCUGACUUGAUGAGGCAGUUAAUUAUGGCUAACCCUCAAAUGCAGCAACUGAUACAGAGAAAUCCGGAGAUCAGUCAUAUGCUGAAUAAUCCAGAUAUAAUGCGACAGUUUGGAGGUAACCCAUUUGCUUCUUUAGUAAGCAAUGCAUCAUCAGGAGGGGACAGUCAGCCAUCUCGUACAGAAAAUAGAGAUCCUUUACCAAAUCCCUGGGCUCCUCAGUCCAGUUCUCAGAGUUCCACGACAAAUACCAGCAACAGCGGUGAGAGUGGUGGCAGUAGUACUGUUGGAAAUAGCAACUCUGGCAGUACGGGACAGAGCUCAACCAUACCAAAUUUGGGACCUGGAUUAGGAGCUGGUAUGUUCAACACACCAGGAAUGCAGAGCUUAUUACAGCAGAUAACGGAAAACCCACAACUGAUGCAAAACAUGUUGUCUGCACCCUAUAUGAGAAGCAUGAUGCAGUCAUUAAGCCAGAAUCCUGACCUUGCAGUACAGAUGAUGUUGAAUAAUCCUUUAUUUGCUGGAAAUCCUCAGCUUCAGGAACAAAUGAGACAACAGCUUCCUACUUUCCUUCAGCAAAUGCAGAAUCCUGACACAUUAUCAGCUAUGUCAAACCCUAGAGCAAUGCAGGCUUUGCUACAGAUUCAGCAGGGCUUGCAGACACUAGCAACAGAAGCACCAGGACUUAUACCCGGAUUUAAUCCUGGUUUAGGUGGACUGGGAAGCACAGGAACUCCUACAGGGUCCACUGUUUCUAGUUCUGUUCCCAGUGAAAAUACAAGUCCAGCAUCAGGAUCUACUGAACCCAGUCACCAGCAGUUUGUUCAACAGAUGUUGCAGGCACUUGCUGGUGCAAAUGCUCAGCAGUUACAAAAUCCAGAAGUUAGAUUUCAGCAACAACUGGAGCAGCUGAGUGCAAUGGGCUUUUUGAACCGUGAAGCAAACUUGCAAGCACUAAUAGCAACAGGAGGAGACAUCAAUGCAGCUAUUGAAAGGCUCCUGGGCUCUCAGCCUUCAUAGCAGUGUUUCUUUAACUUGAAAAAAUGUAAUUUAUUUUUGAUAACAGCUCUUAAAUCUUUAAAAUACUUGCUUUAUUUCAUUCUGACUCUUGGGAUUGUCUCGUUAUAACUAAAAUCAGUCUGAUGCAUUUUAAGGUGGAGUGCAGUAGUUUACUUCAAAUAAUGGGGAUCAAUGAAUUUUCCCUCAGUUGUUGCAUGCAUCACACUUCUUUCGUUUUGCAUUAUUUGUGAUUUUUUGAAACAAUAUCAGCUUUCGCAGUUGGGUGAACAGGUUUUGUCUCACCUGCAACUGGCCAAUUUAUUUACUACUUAAACAUAAGCCUUCAGUAGUAAUUUAUGUAGAAUACAAAUUUAAAAGGAAACAAAUUAAAGCUAUAAUUUGUGGGUACCAAUACUGCUUAUUGUGAUUUCAGCAUGUACUUUUUGCUAGCAAAAUGCUGUAAGAUUUAUACCACUUGAGUAAUCUACCAUUUUUGCUUUAAUUUGUAUAAAGUAUAAACACAGUAUAUAUAAUGGAAACAGCUCAUUUCUAGAAUUUACACAUUACAAUAUAAUGAAAUUAUAAGUAACCAAAAAAGCCAGAAAAAAAGUCACAAGACAUGUUUUUGGUGUAGAAUCUUUCAGCCUAUUUGGUAACCAUCUCAGCAAAAAAAGCUUAAGCGAGUUCGUUUAAAAUAUACUAGAAGUACUGUUCUGGUUAUCUCUUUAAAUCUAACUGUACAGAAACUUGGAUUGUAACAUUGUCUCAAUAUUCCUGAAGAUUAACUGUAAAUUACUUCAAUCAUUGUGCAAAUCUAAGGAGUACUGCCCUGUGCUCUCAAACUGCUUCUAAGGCUUUUGGGUUUGUUCCACUGAGAUCUUAACAUGUAUUGAUUUGCAAUUGGCAACAUUAGUUUUUCACAGUCAUGUGAUACUCGAAUUGCUUUUAAACAC